AUGGAUGAAGAGGGCUCUAAAAAUGCAAGGAAAAUAGAUGUUGCAUGGAAAUAUUCAAUCAUGAUCCCAGAUGAGAAAUACUUCCGAUGCAAGUUCUGUACUCAACAAAUUAGCGGCACAAUUAACAGAUUGAAGCAACAUUUAGCAGGCACCCACAAAGGGAUAAAGCCUUGUCCGAAGGUACCGGAUGAAGUAGCUGAAGAAUGCAAGAAAGCAUUACUAAAGCUUCAAAAUGUAAAAAUCAUGAGAAAGGCUACUUUGGAAGAAAUGCGAGUUGUUGCAACAGGAAGUGGUAACAUGAAUGGUGAAUCAGGUUCUUCUCCAACUAUGAGCAAUUUGCCUCCAAAGGCUAGAGGUCCGCUGGAUGAUUUUGUUAGUACUCAAGCAAGACAAGCUACUUUGAACUCCAAAUGGAAAAAAGAGGAAAGAAAAGAAGUUUGUCAGCGAAUUG